UCGUCGAAUUGCAGCAUUUCUACAUCUACAUUUUAUAUAAAAUCCUUUUGCAUUUUUAUGACAAAUUACUUCUUAAUGAUUGAUAAUAAAGGACAGUUUCUUUUGGUAGGAUUUUUCCCUCUUGCACACAAUGAGUACGAUGCAAAGCAUUUUCGAUACUUAUAAAGCUCCUUCAACAGCCAUUUUUGGUUUGGAUUCGCUCAGGAAGGGAUGGUUCAGCGAAACAGGUUCGGCGACGGGAGACCAAGCGCUGUCCGUGAAGGUGGAGAAGAUAUUGUAUCAAGGAAGAUCAAAAUAUCAAGAUGUGAUCAUAUUCGAAAGCGCCAAGUGGGGGCGAGUUCUGGCUCUCGACAAUUCUAUUCAGCUGACCGAGUUGGACGAAUGCUCGUGGCAAGAAAUGGCGACUUUCCUGCCUCUCAACUCUCAUCCCAAUCCUCAAAAAGUCUUAGUCAUCGGUGGAGGCGACGGUGGAAUUGUGAGAGAAGUUUCGAAGCAUCCUUUGGUCGAAUCUGUCACUAUGUGUGAAAUUGACGAGACAAUAAUAGAAAUGUCGAAGAAAUAUUUACCGUUCAUGGCAAAAGGAUUCGACAGUCCUAAACUGACACUCUACAUCGGAGAUGGAAUAGAAUUCAUGAAAAAUCACGAAAAUGAAUUCGACGUCAUAAUAACAGAUUCGACAGAUCCUAAAGGUCCAUCUGUCUGCUUGUUUGAAAAACCUUACUAUGAAAAUCUGAAACGAGCUUUGAAACCAGAUGGACUUUUGCUAUCUCAAGGAACAACCUUCUGGUACGACCGGGCCUUAGUGAAAGAAAUGAUUAAAAUGUGCAAGACUCUUUUCCCUGUGGUUGAUUUCGGAUCAUCUUACGUAGCUUCUUUCCCAGCUGGUCAGAUCGGUUACCUCUGCUGUUCCAAGAAUCCAAACACCAAUUUCCGAAUUCCAGUCAACAGGUUUUCUCAUCAAAUUCUGAAAGAACUUGGUUUGAAGUAUUACACUCCCGACGUUCAUCGCGCUGCAUUUUCUCUACCAUUAUUUGUGGCAGAAGACCUUGGAUUAGACUGGGAAGUUAAAAGCAAAUGAAGCUCGAAUUUAAGAGAAUAUGUAAAUGAAAUAAAUUUGUUGAAAUACAUCAAUAAAAGGAUUUAUGGAUUA